AUGAAAACAAAGCCGGCAAACAUCAGACUGAAGUUUUUCAAAAAAAAUUAACCUCUCCGGUAAUACAGAUAACGAUCUGCAAACAAAACCGCUAAGAAUACGACGUCGGAAAAUGGUGAAAGGACUACAAGGAAGCCAAAAAUUACCUGCCGAUGUGAUUCAGGUGAUCGAUCAGCUAGAACGGCACUGCUUAGCACCUGAUGGAUCUCUCAUUUCCAAAUCUGCUUACCACGACCUUCAACUUGCUAGAGAGGAAAUGUGUAGAGAAAGGCUGCGUUAUUUAGAAGCAAUGGCAACUUACUGCGAAGCAAUUUCUAUGGUGGAAGAGUAUCAACAAGCUGUCUCAGUGGGUAAUCUUGGCGGCGGGGGUGGGAGUGGGGGCAUUCGUGAUACUCAAGGAUUGUAUCCCCAACUUAGCUUGAAGAACUCUCCUCAGGUUUACGAAACUCUAGAACAUCGGUUAGUUGUAGCAGAAGCGGCUCAGAAAUUGAGGCUUCCUCUUAUAUCAAAGGAUGGUGAAAUCCACGAGGAGGAAAUAGAAAAAUGGAGUAUAAUGUCACGAAGCUCCCUUGAUAGUACAAGUACCAGCGCUACAAUCAGCUCAAGCUCUAAUUCAAUAAAUUAUACAAACAGCUCUGCAAACAGUACUACUCUUGGUGCUGCUGAUUUGGCAGAACCUGGAGUUGGUGGUGUUCCUAAUCGCUUCCUUGGUAUAACACCUGCCUAUUUAUGGCAAACUCAGCUUCAGCAAAUGCCAUUAGUGAUGGACAUGGCAGAAUAUCAGAUGUCACUUUCACAUGAAAUUGAGGCACGCUUGAAGGAUAAAUGCGAUAAGUUAGCUGAUGCUUUUAUUGAUGAUUUUGAUUCUUCUUCUGCUGGCCAAAAUUCAACUGCACGACUUCCGGAAAGGGUUAAAUUAAUAAUUGAGGAAAUUGAAAGGGAAGAAGCUGCACUGCGGGAGGAUCUCUACUCUGCAGAUAGAAAGUUUGCAGAAUACUACAAUGUCUUAGAGCAGAUACUGGCAGUUCUCAUUAAGCUUGUAAAAGAUCUGAAGUUACAACAUCAGCAUAAAUAUGAUAACCUACAAAAAACUUGGUUGUGCAAAAGAUGUGAGACUAUGAGUGCAAAACUAAGGGUUCUAGAGCAUGUUCUACUCCUCGAAACUUACACCGAGGAGUCCAUACCAGCCCUUCAUAAAAUAAGAAAAUACCUUGUAGAGGCAACGGAAGAAGCUUCUAAUGCAUACAGUAAAGCGGUUACACGCCUCCGGGAAUAUCAAGGAGUAGAUCCUCAUUUCGACUCAAUUGCAAGACAAUAUCAUGACAUUGUAAAGAAAUUGGAAAAUAUGCAAUGGACUAUCCAUCAAGUUGAAAUGGACCUGAAACGGUUGCCGGAUCAUCCAAGCUCAUGAUUUGGAUGCGCAUCCUAAAAUCUUGUAUAAUGUCAAUGAUUUGUUUUUGUCAUCCUUUGAAUUUUCUGUCAUAUUUGUAAAGUAAUUUUUUUUUUGGUGAGUAUGAACAAGGAGGCUAGGAGCCUGCUGGAUAUUUUGUAUAGCUAUUAGCAAUGUUGUGGUAGGGAUUGUAGUUUAAUGUGUGCCAGGCCCCAUUUUCAGCACAAUUGUUAAGCUGAUGAACACUAAUGGAGUAGAGUUUAAAAAUCAUCGCAAUUUUAAUCUAAAAUUCAAAACUCUGACUUGAGUUUAAAA